UGGGAUUAGUAAUCGUAAAAUGUCGUUUAGUUGUUACCACGGACGGUUCCGGAGGCGUAACCUUUAUAGACGAUGGAGACGACAGAGAAGCAACAAGAGUAUCGAAUUGAGUAGAAAAUAUUUUUUCGAGUGUCUUUCUGGGCUGGACAUCGAGCCAAACUCGCCAAAAUCUGCAAAGAAAGACUGAAAGCCAGGCAUAGUGAAGAUGAUCAGUGAGCAAUAUGUCUUUUUCGCAGUAUGCAAAGAUGACACAUUCAAUAAGUUUUAAAUAUACAUAUAUGCCUUUCGUAUUCGGAAUAACACCAUUUAUUGUUUUAAGUAUUUUAAAAGCGUCUUCUUGAUAGAUCUUUUGCCACAAAGAAAAAUGUUGUCGAUCACAUGGUCGAACAUCGGAGUAAACUAAACCAUGACGAAUUUUCGAUGUAGUAGAAAUUAUAUGUAUAAGAAUAAGAUUGGAGAUAAUUUCACCACCAAACAAAAGGCACGCGGUCUUCGACAGCAAUCUGUUGCGAAGCUUGGUGCACAGAUGCACUCCAUCCUAGGCAAAGAGAAACAAAGAAAUAAAAGAGCUUUGUAACUAUUUGCUUCAAUUAAGUGAGAACUGGAGCUUCUGCUUCGUAACAACUUAAUUUCAUAAUUUUUAUAGAGAAUGAUCAAAAAAGCAUAAAAAUCUAUUCAUUUCAGUAUAUAGAUUAAGCGCUCACUUGUACAAAUAAGCAUAAUUGCGAAGAUUGAAGGUAGAACCAAUGCCCAUGAGAAGGAAUAUUUACUUUGAAAGCAUUAGUAUGAUAUCUGAACGGAUGAUCAAUGUUGAAUGCGAAGAAACCGCUGACUAUUCUCAUACUUCGAAGAUAGCGGCUAUCACAGACGGUUGAAAAACCGAUAAUUCGAAUGCCUUUUUUCUUGAUUUCUUCAUAUAUCCAAAACCAGUGAUUAAGUACAUCUUCAGCAGUGUAAGUACCGGCAAUACCAUAGGCAGAAAGAAGAAAAGGCGAGGGUGUGGGUGUGGGCGUGGGUAUGGGUGUGGAUGUGGGUGAGUGUGGGUGUGGAUGUGGGUAUCAGUCUCUUUCUAACACCCACACCCACCCGCCCACACCCACACCCACACCCACACCCACACCCACACCCAAAAAAUGAAAAAUUUUAAAAAUAUGGUUUGCGGUGCUUUUAGUCGGUUAAGCAUAUCUCGGCCAAAUUUAAUUCUUUUGGUCUUAAAAUUUGGCUAUAUUCCUAAAACAAAUAGCUCUACAAAAUGGGAAAACUUUCAUUGAAAUGUGAAGACAUCGAUUGAGCACGAUCGGUCGUGGCUCUCGUGCAGUGACUCUUAAGCACGCUUAUUUAUAAAAUUUCUUUUCUAUAUAAUGACUAUUUGACGAUGAACAGACAAGAGCGAGUGAAACACCCUUUUCCUUCUACAUUGUUGAGUCACUCCCAUCAACAAGAUAUGAGACUCCUUUAAUGGCAGGACGAUGAAUAUCGACAGCUCUCUCUUUCAAAUAACGAAUGAAUAAGAGUAAAUAUUCUCUAAUUUCACAACAACAAGAAUCUGAUUUUAUUCAUCAUCCUUCCUUCUUUUGGAUUCUCAUAUUUCUUCACCUUCUUCAUUUUCAAUUACCACUUCCAUUAUUCACACACAAAAGAUGGCCUUCAAAACAGAACCUCGUAUAGUGAAUGUUAGAGUCAUCUUUAUGAGAUUAGGUACUUGGUUCUUUCUAUCAUUUGAUAGAUCUACGUGAGACAGAGGUCACUUCCUUCUAUUUUACAGGUCAAAUCAAUACACUGUCAGAUCAAUUUGAUGGUGAAGCAUCCCUUGAAAUAGAAUGGCUAGACUCUAAUGUGAUAGAUGAGUAUGACUCGAAAAAGCAUUGGAAUCCAAAUAUAUACAUAUACAAUGCAUUGGGUGAAUUAAAACAACAAAUAACACAUACAAUUAGAAAGACUGAAUUAGGAGAAACAAUCAUCUGUGAACAACAAAAACUGAAAGGUGCUUAUUAUGAAACUCUCGAACUAAAUAAUUUUCCACUUGAUGUACAAGAUUUAACAAUAAGUAUAACAUCUCAUCUAACAACAAAUGAAGUUCUACUUAGACCACAUCCUCAACGUCCAUCUCGAGUAAAUGAAAGUGCUUUCUUAGCUAAACAACAAUGGAAAUUAUUUAAAUGUGUUAAUGCAAUUAUUGAUACAAUACAUGAUGAAGAUACUAAUCAACAGAGAUCUAUGAUCUGUGUCACGUGUCAUGCACAAAGAAUACCAACUUAUUUUCAUUGGAAUGGUUUCUUUCUUAUUUUUGUUAUUACCCUCUUCUGUUUUUCUGUUUGGGCCAUUGAUCCAAGUUUACCACAAAAUCGUUUGGCACUUAUGGCAACUAUUCUAUUAACAUCCAUAUCCUUUCGCAGUACAAUAACAAGUAAAUUACCUUUAACAUCCUAUUUAACAUUGAUUGAUAAAUAUUCUAUAACUCUAAUUGUCUUUGACUUACUCUGUACAUUCUAUCAUGCUAUAAUGGGUUAUUGGAUGAAUAAUGAUAAAUCAGUGGAUUUGAAAUUAAAAUCUCGUCUCCCAGAUCACAUAAUGUUCUUUGUUUUAUUAUCACUAUUUAUUCUACUUAAUUUGACCUUCUUCAUAUGGAUUAUCAGAGUUGCGUAUACACCAAGACGUGUCUUAGAACAACAAAUUCCAUGGACAAUUAUGGAUAAACAAUAUUCUUCUUCAUCAUCGACGACGACUACACUUGAAGUCGAAAGACUUUAG